AUGCCUGACAUUCUCACCGGCAAACAGCUCACAAUUUUCCCUCUCAGAUAUUCAAGUCAUGAGAUCGAUCGCUCAGACUGGGUUUCACUCCUGACCCUUUGCCUCGCCCCCCUCAUCGCGCAUAUCAUAGCCGGCGUACCUUCGCCAACAUACCUUCACAGAAGGCGACCAAAAUGGCAUGAACUACUAUGCCACUACAAUCCGACUUCGAUCCUUUGGCGAUAUGCUGCUAUCGCAGAUAGGCGCAUCCGAGCAAAGGCCUGGGAUCAGAAUGAUCUUGCUUCUACGAAUGCCAUAUUCUGGACGAAACGAGGCUGGGAUGGCUCUGAGGAUAUGAUCGCUACCAGUGCUGCGUACUGUUAUCACUUGCCGGAAAGUACCAGAAUUGCGAUAUUCUCUCGAGAAAUGAUUACUACCAUCAUCGUCACAUCACAGGGAAUUCAGGCCACGCUCUCACUUAUGGGUGCACUUGAUACGGACGGCACCAACGCUGGAUUCGUAAAGUGGAUGGGAGUUGACACUAUCUUCUUUCCACUAGCAAUGAUUAGUCUGUUGAGACUAUGCUGCGCCUUCUGGCUUAACGAUGACUUUGGAUAUUCCACCUCUCACUCAUUGGCUCUGGACAAGCGGGCCAAUUCGAACGAGAGUUCCAGCGGUACUUUAUUGGCGCCAAUGGACGUACCUCCCAGACCCCGGUUCCAAAGGCCCUCUUCGUCUUGGGGAAGCAGGAUCCUUCGUUCUCUUUUCCUUUUCAUUGUCAUCAGCAUCAUAGUCCUAAACGCUAUGUACUUCAUCCGGGGUGGACGACAAACAGCAACGACCUUUGCUGUCGAAUUGGCCUACAUAUUCUUCCUGUCUAUGACGGUAUUCAUCUUUGCACCAUACUUCUGGACAGGCCAGACAACAUCAACUAUCAUACCGUGUAUUAACUCGAUGGCGUACAAAAUCUACACCGCUGUGAUCUUUGGGGUUUUCACAGCAACGAUUAUUAUCUCUUGCAUCGAAACUAGGAAGACGCCUUGCGGAAAGUUCACAAGUGGCCCAGGACUCGAAGCUGAUAUUCGUGCGUGUUGGAAUCCAAGUGAGGAUCUGGCGUCUCUUCAUGUGGGCUUCAAUGCAUCUACCGCUACUCUGGUUGUCGAUGAAUUCGCCAUCGCUAACAAGAGUGCAUUUAUCCCUGUGAAUAACACGCAGUGGUCAGCGGUUGACUUUACAGGAACCUGUUUUGGAAAGGCACUCAAAGAAUGA